UCUUUCCCAAACAACCAAAACACUUUGCUCAUGUGAUUCCCAAUCAUUCCAUACUCUUUAUAAUAUUCAAUUCUAUAAAGAACCCAUAAUUUCUCUUUAUCAAAUCUCUUACAUACAUAUUCUUUGUAUACUACCAUAAUUUGCACAUACUCUCAUCUUUUGAUCAGAGAAAAACAGUAUCGAAAUGGAGAAAAGUGAAAAGAUUGAAACAGAAAAUAACAGUAUUGAAGACAAAACAUCUAAAGAUGGUUCAAUUUGUGGGUACGAGUCACUUCAUCACCUACUCAGUGCCAAUCUCAAGCCUCAUCUUUUCAAGGAAGUUAGCCGUUUACUUCAAGGAGUGAACUGUGGGAGGGCAGUGGAAUCUAUUGCUCUUCCAGAAUCUGCAAAGUCUCUAUCUUCAGAACAUGAAUUUGACCUCCAGGCUUUUCAUUUUGACGCUGACAAAGAGUUAACUAGAGAACCUCGAGUAGUUCGAGUAGGUCUUAUUCAGAACUCUAUAGCUCUUCCAACAACUGCCCCUCUUUUGGACCAAAAGAGGGCCAUUUUUCAGAAAGUGAAGCCAAUUAUUGAUGCUGCUGGUUCUUCAGGAGUGAACAUAUUAUGCUUGCAAGAAGCAUGGAUGAUGCCGUUUGCCUUCUGUACUAGGGAGAAGAGCUGGUGUGAAUUUGCAGAGCCUGUAGAUGGAGAAUCAACACAAUUUCUUCUGGAAUAUGCAAGAAAGUACAACAUGGUCAUUAUAAGUCCAAUUCUUGAAAGAGAUGUUAAUCAUGGGGAGACUCUCUGGAACACUGCUGUUGUAAUUGGAAAUCAUGGAAACAUAAUUGGCAAGCACCGGAAGAACCAUAUACCAAGAGUCGGUGAUUUCAAUGAAAGCACAUAUUAUAUGGAAGGAAAUACUGGACAUCCUGUGUUUGAGACUGCUUACGGAAAGAUUGCUGUUAAUAUAUGCUAUGGACGGCACCAUCCAUUAAAUUGGUUAGCAUUUGGCUUAAAUGGUGCGGAAAUUGUUUUCAAUCCUUCAGCCACUGUUGGUGAACUCAGUGAACCAAUGUGGCCCAUCGAGGCUCGUAAUGCUGCAAUAGCAAAUAGUUACUUCGUUGGGUCUAUCAAUCGUGUCGGCACAGAGAUAUUCCCUAAUCCAUUCACUUCUGGUGAUGGGAAGCCACAGCACACAGAUUUUGGGCAUUUCUAUGGGUCUAGUCAUUUUUCUGCACCAGAUGCUUCUUGCACGCCCUCUCUUUCUCGUUACAAAGAUGGCUUAUUGAUCUCAGAUAUGGACCUAAACCUGUGUAGACAGAUUAAAGACAAAUGGGGAUUUCGAAUGACUGCUCGCUACGAGUUAUAUGCUGAUACAUUUGACCGUUAUUUGAAACCAGACUUUGAACCCCAAGUCGUCUCUGAUCCAUUGUUACAUAAAAGGUCUUUGUAAUUGCAAGAAUUGGAGCAUAAGCCAAGAACAGAAGGAUUGUAAACAGCAUUACUGACACCUAUUACAAACAUAAAGACAAAUCUUCAGAUUAUCUUGAGGUAGCUGUUCAUGCCUCCAUUAAUGAUUCUUUUUGCAGCAGAUUCUAAAGUUAAAAAUGAUGGAACAUGUUAUACACUUACAAAUGCAAAACACAUGCAGAAAAUCUGGUCAAACAAUUUCAUUAAAUAAGAUAUUGAGAACAAAGAUUGAUGCAAAGACAUUGUUUAAUUGUGUAAUAAAUAACUCCUUUUCUAUGCAGUUCUAAAGACUGAAUCAUAUUUUACCUUGCUAUUUGCUUCAUUUUUUUAUAUUAUUAUAUUUUUUUCUGAAAA